AUGGCAAUACUCUUGAUUCAUCUGCGCCGCAUUCUGCUUCUGGUCACGGUCGUCUAUCUGGCAGGAGUGUUCGUGCGACGGCUACUCUACGGCGGUACAGCGGCCGUGCUGCGUUCCUCGCGAUCUGCCGGGAGUUUCCUGUUCGCCAAACGGCUUCACCUGCAGCCCUGGUUUUACAUCUACACGUUUUAUCUGUACGCGCUGGUGGACGGCAUCGUCGACUGGAACCAGCUGAAUCUAUUCGAUGUCUUGCACCGAUAA